AAGCAAACGCUUUCUGAACAAACAAACAAAGGAACGAAGGUCAUCUCCACUUCUCUCUCAUUCAUAUUCACGCAACCAACAAAGUCCAGAACCUUCCCUUAAUUUAGUCAUAAGUUAUACCGGAUCCGCCGUCUUCGUCAAUCUCAUUCACGUUCUCUUCACGCUUCUAUAGAUCUUUCGAAAAGUGUGAAAAAGGACGACGAUUUUAAUUAUUGGCAAUGGCGACGCUUCGCGUACUCUCUGUCACGCUUCUCUUUGCGGUUUUGUCUAUACAACACUGUAUUUGUGCAGAUACGCCAGAAAGUUCGCCGAGUCCGGCACCGGAAGCCGGCGGAGAUGUAGUUUCUCCACCGCCAACCUCUGCGGCUCCUGAAAGUCCAGCACCGUCACCUUUAGCAGAUGUGAUCAGUUCUCCUCCAUCGCCUCCGCCAACAGAUCGCUCUCCUGAUUCUGCUCCGGCGCCAUCCCCAGGCGAAGCCGACGACGAUGCUACGUCGAAUGAAUCUCCGUCUCCUUCUCCUGCUCCGGCACCGAGUGACGUAGUUGCGAGUGAUAUAAGCCACGAGAGUACUGCGGAGGCGAAUGAGUCGUCGUCUGGCGAUGGAAUGAACGGCGGGAAGAAGGCAGGAGUAGCAAUCGGAGUGAUCGCGGCGGCGUGUGUUGUAGGUCUGGGUGCAUUGGUUUACAAGAAGCGUAGGCAGAAUAUCCGACGAGCACAGUUCGGUUACGCUGCCAGGAGAUCAGACUUUCUUUGAGUAAUUGCAUCCUUCAUAGUAUAUAUCACAUUGCUAUACGUAAUAUUGUGUUUAUAUUCAUGAAUAGAUUUGUAGCAUUCGGGAGUUUGGAGGAGAAUUUCAUUAGCAUUACUAUAUUUUUUUGAUUCUUUAUUCACUGAAUAAGAGUCCUUUUUGAGUUUCUUUAUUUUUUAGAAAUUUUGAUUCUCGAUUAUUGGUUAUCGACUAAUUGUUGGGAAAUUUUAGUUUGAUUAUUUGCGCUU